GCUGUGCCCAGUAGUUGGAAAGUGAACUCGACUCGUGAUGGUUCUCCUGUCACUUUGGUUGAUAGCAGCCGCUCUGGUAGAGGUUAGGACUUCAGCUGAUGGACAAGCUGGUAAUGAAGAAAUGGUGCAAAUAGAUUUACCAGUAAAGAGACAGAGAGAGUAUGAGCUGGUGACACCUAUCAGCACAGAUCUAGAAGGACACUAUCUCUCCCAUAUUCUUUCUGCAAAUCACAAAAAGAGGUCAACCAGGGACGUGUCUUCCAACCCUGAGCAAUUGUUCUUUAACAUCACGGCAUUUGGAAGAGAUUUUCAUCUGCGACUAAAGCCCAACACUCAACUGGUAGCUCCCGGGGCCGCUGUGGAAUGGCACGAGACGUCUCUGGUGCCUGGGAAUAUAACUGACCCCAUUAAUGGCCAUCAACCAGAAACUGCUUCAGAAAGAAUCUGGAAAACAGAGCCUUUGCAGACCAACUGUGCUUAUGUCGGUGACAUCAUGGACAUUCCAGGAACCUCCGUUGCCAUUAGCAACUGUGAUGGUCUGGCUGGAAUGAUAAAAAGUGAUAAUGAAGAGUACUUCAUUGAACCCUUGGAAAGAGGUAAACAGAUGGAGGAAGAAAAGGGAAGGAUUCAUGUUGUCUACAAGAGAUCAGCGGUAGAACGGGCUCCCAUAGACAUGUCCAGAGACUUCCACUACAGAGAGUCGGAUCUGGAAGGCCUUGGUGAGCUAGGUACCGUUUACGGCAACAUUGGCCAGCAGCUGAAUGACACGAUGAGGCGCCGCAGACACGCGGGAGAGAACGAUUACAACAUCGAGGUGCUGCUGGGGGUGGAUGACUCUGUGGUCCGUUUCCAUGGCAAAGAGCACGUCCAGAACUACCUCCUCACCCUGAUGAACAUUGUGAAUGAAAUUUACCACGAUGAGUCCCUUGGAGUGCAUAUAAAUGUGGUCCUGGUGCGCAUGAUAAUGCUGGGUUAUGCAAAGUCCAUCAGCCUCAUAGAAAGGGGAAACCCAUCCCGGAGCUUGGAGAAUGUGUGUCGCUGGGCUUGCCAACAACAAAAAUCUGAUCUCAACCACUCUGAACACCAUGAUCAUGCAAUUUUCUUAACCAGGCAAGACUUUGGACCUGCUGGAAUGCAAGGAUAUGCUCCAGUCACGGGCAUGUGCCAUCCAGUGAGAAGUUGUACCCUGAAUCAUGAGGAUGGUUUUUCAUCUGCUUUUGUAGUAGCCCAUGAAACUGGCCAUGUGUUGGGAAUGGAGCACGAUGGACAAGGCAACAGGUGUGGUGACGAGACGGCUAUGGGCAGUGUCAUGGCGCCCUUGGUGCAAGCAGCCUUCCAUCGUUACCACUGGUCCCGGUGCAGCGGUCAGGAACUGAAAAGAUACAUCCAUUCCUAUGACUGUCUCCUUGAUGACCCUUUUGAACAUGAUUGGCCCAAACUCCCAGAACUUCCUGGAAUCAAUUAUUCUAUGGAUGAGCAAUGUCGUUUUGAUUUUGGUGUUGGUUAUAAAAUGUGCACUGCGUUUCGAACCUUUGACCCAUGUAAACAGCUGUGGUGUAGCCAUCCUGAUAAUCCCUACUUUUGCAAGACGAAAAAGGGCCCCCCGCUGGAUGGGACCGAAUGUGCUGCUGGAAAAUGGUGCUAUAAGGGCCAUUGCAUGUGGAAGAACGCCAAUCAGCAAAGACAAGAUGGCAACUGGGGGUCGUGGACCAAGUUCGGCUCCUGUUCUCGGACAUGUGGAACUGGUGUUCGCUUCAGAACGCGCCAGUGCAAUAAUCCCACGCCCAUCAAUGGUGGUCAGGAUUGUCCUGGCGUUAAUUUUGAGUACCAGCUUUGUAACACAGAAGAAUGCCAAAAACACUUUGAGGACUUCAGAGCGCAGCAGUGCCAGCAGCGAAACUCACACUUUGAAUACCAGAAUGCCAAACACCACUGGUUGCCAUACGAACAUUCUGACGCCAAGAAAAGAUGCCACCUUUACUGUCAAUCCAAAGAGACUGGAGUUGCUGCUUACAUGAAACAACUGGUCCACGACGGAACACGCUGCUCUUACAAAGAUCCGUACAGCAUCUGCGUGCGAGGCGAGUGUGUGAAAGUGGGCUGUGAUAAAGAAAUUGGUUCUAACAAGGUUGAGGAUAAAUGUGGUGUCUGCGGAGGAGAUAAUUCCCACUGUCGGACCGUGAAGGGGACAUUUACCAGAACUCCCAGGAAGCUUGGGUACCUUAAGAUGUUUGAUAUACCCCCUGGGGCUAGACAUGUGUUAAUCCAAGAAGACGAGGCUUCUCCUCACAUUCUUGCGAUUAAGAACCAGGCCACAGGCCACUAUAUUUUAAAUGGCAAAGGGGAGGAGGCCAAGUCGCGGACCUUCAUAGACCUUGGUGUGGAGUGGGAUUAUAACAUUGAGGAUGACAUCGAAACUCUUCACACUGACGGCCCCUUACACGACCCUGUCAUUGUUUUGAUUAUACCUCAAGAGAAUGACACCCGCUCUAGCCUGACAUACAAGUACAUCAUCCAUGAAGACUCCGUGCCUACGAUCAACAGCAACAAUGUCAUCCAGGAAGAAUUAGAUACUUUCGAGUGGGCUUUGAAGAGCUGGUCUCAGUGCUCCAAACCCUGUGGUGGAGCUGUGAACAAGAGCUCCAGUACCGAGCUGGAGCUUGGCUUAGACAAAAUUCUUCCCAAUGGCUGGGUGGCAGAAGAGUGGGAACACUGUACCAAAACCUGCGGGACUUCCGGCUACCAGCUUCGCACCGUGCGCUGCCUUCAGCCUCUCCAGAAUGGCACCAACCGCUCUGUGCACAGCAAGUACUGCGCGGGUGACCGUCCCGAGAGCCGCCGGCCCUGUAACAGGGUGCCCUGCCCCGCACAGUGGAAGACAGGGCCCUGGAAUGAGUGUUCUGUCACCUGCGGUGAGGGAACGGAAGUGCGGCAGGUUCUCUGCAGGGCUGGAGACCACUGCGACGGCGAGAAGCCCGAGUCGGUCAGGGCCUGUCAGCUGCCUCCCUGCAAUGAUGAACCAUGCUUGGGAGACAAGUCCAUAUUCUGUCAAAUGGAGGUGCUGGCACGAUACUGCUCCAUCCCAGGUUAUAACAAGUUAUGUUGUGAGUCAUGUAGCAAGCGCAGUAGCACCCUGCCACCGCCCUACCUCCUAGAAGCUGCCGAAGUGCACGAUGAUGUUAUCUUUAACCCUAGUGACCUCCCUAGAUCUCUCGUGAUGCCUACAUCUUUGGUCCCUUAUCAUCCAGAGGCCCCUGCUGAAAAGAAAUCUUUGAGUAGCAUCUCUUCCCUGGGAGGUCCAAAUGCAUAUGCUGCUUUCAGGCCAGACAGUAAACCCAAUGGUGCUAACUUACCCCAGAGGAGAGCUCGGCAAGCAGGAAGUAGGACUGUGAGGCUGGUCUCAGCGCCAUCCCCUCCACCCACCAAGAGUGGCCACCUCAACUCAGCUUCACAAAUGGCUGCUGCUUCCUUCCUUGCAGUCAGCGAUGCCAUAGGUGCUGCUUCUCAGGCAAGAACCUCAAAGAAAGAUGAAAAGAUGGUUGACAAGAGACAUCCAGUAAGAUCAUCUGCUUUAGAAAGAUGA